AUGGCGGACAAGCCACCCCAAGUCAAGGAUGUUGACGAUGGCCGCUCAUCCAUCGAAGGCUUCUCCCACCAUGCCGAGAACAUCUUAAACGAAAGGGAGCCCUAUGGACCAGCCGGCCUGGCAGGCCUAGUGGCCAACCCCUUCGUGUUCAUGUGCGCAGCAUGCUCCACACUCGGAGGUCUAGUCUUUGGCUACGACCAGGGCGUGGUAUCAGUUAUUCUAGUCAUGGACCAAUUCCUCGAACGGUUUCCCGAAGUGGGCCCCGACUCAUCGGGAUUCUGGAAGGGGUUGAUGACGGCCAUGAUCGAAUUGGGUGCGUUGAUUGGCGCUCUGAACCAGGGCUGGAUUGCGGAUAUGAUCUCGCGUCGCUACUCGAUUGUCGUCGCCGUCAUUGUCUUUACAAUUGGCUCGAUCCUUCAAACGGCUGCGAUGGAUUAUGCCAUGUUGACUGUUGCUCGGUUCAUUGGCGGGUUGGGUAUCGGCAUGCUUUCGAUGGUUGCGCCUUUGUAUAUCUCCGAAAUCAGUCCUCCCGAGUGUCGUGGUACUCUGCUUGUCCUAGAGGAGUUUUGCAUCGUGCUAGGCAUUGUCAUCGCCUACUGGAUCACUUAUGGCACUCGGUAUAUGGCCGGAGAAUGGUCCUGGCGCCUUCCGUUCCUGCUCCAGAUGAUUCCGGGCUUCGUUCUGAUCGCAGGCGUUAUUGUGCUGCCGUUCUCGCCCAGAUGGCUGGCUUCAAAAGGCCGCAACGACGAGGCACUCGAAAGUCUUGCUCGGCUUCGUCGUCUGCCGACUUCGGACAAGCGCGUGCGGCAAGAAUACCUCGACAUUCAGGCCGAAGUUCGAUUCCACCAGGAAAUGAAUGCUGAAAAGCACCCCGACCUCCAGGGUGGCGGACUGCGCAAGUCCUUCCUACUGGAGAUGGCCUCGUGGGCAGACUGCUUCAAGAAAGGCUGUUGGCGCAGAACCCAUGUCGGGGUGGGACUGAUGUUCUUCCAACAAUUCGUCGGAAUCAACGCUCUCAUCUACUACUCUCCCACGCUGUUCGAAACCAUGGGUCUAGACUACGACAUGCAGCUGCUAAUGUCCGGUAUUCUCAACGUGACACAAUUAGUUGGGGUCUCCUCCACCGUCUGGACAAUGGACCGCUUCGGCCGACGCAGUCUCCUGCUCUGGGGCGCAUUAUUCAUGACCAUAUCGCACGUUAUCAUCGCCGUCUUGGUGGGCCUGUUCUCGGAUAAUUGGCCCGCCCAUCGUCCUCAAGGAUGGGCCAGCGUCGCCCUUUUGCUUUUCUAUAUGAUUUCGUUUGGUGCUAGUUGGGGUCCAGUCGGAUGGGCCAUGCCAUCUGAAAUCUUCCCAUCCUCUCUUCGCGCCAAGGGUGUUGCCCUCUCAACAUGCUCCAAUUGGCUCAACAACUUCAUCAUCGGCCUGAUCACCCCACCCCUAGUCCAAAACACCGGCUUCGGCGCAUACACCUUCUUCGCUGUCUUCUGUCUGCUUGCGCUAAUCUGGACGUUCGUCUUCGUGCCCGAGACCAAGGGCCGCACGCUAGAGCAAAUGGACCACGUGUUCAAGGAUAAUUCGAGCGAAUCGGAACAGGCCCGCAGGCAUGCUAUCGAGGUGGAGGUUUUGAGGGCUGAGCAGCAGCAUCAGGAUCAGCGGGAUGAGGAGGGGUUGGAUGGUGUGUAG